UGCUCUCAUUCCAUCAGGUCCUCAAAACACACAACACACUCCGAACGGCUCAUCUCCUCCACCAGAGCGAGAGGAUCAGAGAGAGGGAGGUUGACGGGAGAACAACAGCAUCACUGACAAGCAUCUCCCUCACUGUGGGAGAGAGGGAGAAACAGAUAGAGAGGUGGGGAGAGGAGAAGUGGAAAAAAAAGUGAGGAGAAAAGAAAGGAGAACAUAGCGAACCAGUGAGGGAAAUAAGUUUUCAGUUGGAAUAAGGACAAGCCAGGCAGAGUUUGGACUGUGAGAGCUUGUUGGUGGCAGCAGGGAGCUUUAUUUGCCCUUUUCCUUUUUUUUCGGUUGUGAGCGCCAGUUGCCGCUUCUUCUCCUCCCUCCCCUCCUGCCCCCUGCUUCUCUUCUUCCAUCUUUCCCCUCGUCUUCUCAUCCCGACUCUCCUCUCCCAGCUCCCGCCGUGGGGUCGCAGCUCUCAAUCUCCCUCCCCCCUUCCCUUGCUCCCUACCUCCCCCGGGUGCUGCUGGGAGCCUCCGGGCUGCUGCGCCGCAGGAGGAUGUCUCGCAGGGAGUCUCCGCCGCCGUCCUCUCCACCUCCAGCUCCGCAGCUGCUGGGGGUGCGGAGAGAAGAGGAGGAUCGUCCGGAGCGUGCAGAGCCGCUGUCCGACACCGAGAGGGAGAUCAUCCAGGACACGUGGGGGCACGUCUACAAGAACUGUGAGGACGUGGGGGUGUCUGUGCUCAUAAGGUUCUUUGUCAACUUCCCAUCAGCCAAACAGUACUUCAGCCAGUUCCAGGACAUGGAGGAUCCAGAGGAGAUGGAGCGAAGCAGCCAACUUCGGCACCAUGCAUGCAGGGUGAUGAAUGCCAUCAAUACUGUGGUGGAGAACCUCCAUGACCCAGACAAGGUGUCGUCAGUGCUGGCCCUGGUGGGAAAGGCCCAUGCUAUCAAACACAAGGUGGAACCCAUGUACUUCAAGAUUCUGAGCAGCGUGAUGCUGGAGGUGUUAGCUGAAGAUUUCCCAGAAUUCUUCACAGCAGAGGUGCAGAUGGUGUGGACCAAACUGAUGGGGGCGGUGUACUGGCAUGUGACAGGGGCCUACACAGAGGUGGGUUGGCUCCAGGUCUCCAGCUCAGCAGUGUGAAGAAUUUGGAAGAAGAGGUGGUAUAAGAGUUUCAAUUGCAAAAGUUCUGUGAGGAUGGUUUCACAGACAUGGAUACGAUUAUUGUGCUAAUCCAUGCAACUUUAUUUUUGUGACAUUUUGGGUGCUAAGCCUCCAUUACUGUAGUGUUUCUACAUCGCACUUCCCAGAGAUCACUUUGGCACCAAACAAUGUAGCCAGACCACAUUUUUCUUCUAGUUUUAACCAGUGGUACUUUGGUCUGUGUUUUUAGCCACGGAAGCUAUCACUGCUCACUACACAGUUCUUCCACUGUUUAUUCCAAACUACUGUUCCUGCCAAAAGCACACCACACAUCAUUGAUUAACAAUUUAUCCUUUGCUAAGCCCUGUCGCCCUUGGUUACUGUCACUAGGCCUGUCAAGCUUUCCAAUGCAUUUUACAAUGAUAAGGAAGUAAGAUUUUACCAUUUGGAAUUCUUGGUCAAUUUUUGAAGCAGUGGUUCCUUGAUUUCAGACAGAGGAAGGCUUCUCCUUUUCAGCUCAACCCUGUCGUUCUGGCCACCAGUAAUAACAACUGUUGCUAGCAGAUUAGAUCAAUCAAUGUUAGCAACUGUUAGUUUUUUUCCUGUUUCCAACCAACUUGCUUUAACAAAAACCUUGUAAAAGGGUUUAAAUAUGUACUUGAAGGCUUCCUAACAGCUACAUCAUAUUAUGCUAAAAAGCUAAAGCUACAUGUCCCACACAGCAUCUUUACCUUGAAACAUGUACAACACAUUGAAUCAAAGAACUAGUAUUGUUUUUGUUUUGUGGCAUAGCUAUAUAAAGUAGUUCUAACAUUAUGGUACUAUGGGAUAAAGAAAAAUGUCAAGAAAAAUACUGUAAUACUGUGUUAUAGUACUGUUAGUUUUAGCUGACAUUUGCAGUGUAGGUUAGAGCAGAAAAACACACUAUUUAUAUAAUGCACUCUUUAACUUUUGGUGUUUUUGAUUGAAAAAAACAGCACCCUCCAAACUCUCGAAUACCAUAUAUUGCUCUCAAUGCAGCUUGAUGCACAUUGCUUUGGCCUGUAAAAAAAAUCCAAAACUCGACAGGCCUGCUGUGUGUAGUUACAGAUAAGCUGACAUUAUGUUGGACAGUGACUGUUCAAGGGAGGGAGUUUUAGUGAACAGACAGCUGUGGAUGGCAGAUACAUUUAUUUAGGCUAUACAAAAAUGUUGCAGCUUAUUAUUUUAAAGUUCACUUUUGUGGAAACGUGCAGUGAAAGAAGCAUCUUCCGGCUAAGCUGCACAUAUGAAUAGGCCUACACCUCAUGAUAUUUGAAAAAGAGAUUAGGAAAUGUUUAGAAAAGAAGGGAUAUUUAAGCUCUAAGAGGGGGGCAGUUAGAUGUUGACGCUAUUGGACUAUGGAGCUGCUGACUGUUAAUAGAUUAUCUUUGUGUCCUAUUAAAGUAUAUCCUCAUGUUUAGAGGACCUGUGUCCCUUUCUCUCUCUAUUGAUUCAUUGCGUGCUCUUAAUGUCUUGUUUAACUUUACAGAGGUGUUGUUUGUGUAAGUGUACAGUGGGCAAGUGUGCAUACUCUUCUGCCUUUGUUUACAACUCAUUGACAUGUUGGUCUGUUGACGUGUUAAAGUGGGCUUUAUUUUCUUUGGUAAAAGUCUUGGACUAGCAACAGUGCUUUCCUUUUUUCACUUUCAUUACACACAAACAUUGUGAAAGUGAGAUGGAAAAUAUCAGCAGGUGGACACAAUCAGCAACCAGACAUGUACACACUCACACACAGGCAUGCUAAUAUUUACAGGACUUUCAGUUAGUUUACAUCUUCAUCAGAGAGACAUGAGGCAUUAAAUGCUCCAUUAAGGGCUUUAGAAAAUCACUCUGGAUAUCUAUGGAAAACAUGUCAGCUUUAGAAGUGCCAUCCUUAGAUCUCUGACCAAUCUAACACAAGAAAUUGUGUCCAAAGGCAUCUAAAUACAGAUAAUGCAUCAUGGGAAUUGUACUGCUUUUGCUAUAACACAAUGGAUGCUUUCCUUAUAUUUGACCAGGGGAAUAGUGGAAGGCUCACAGUUUCUCACUAAACUCACAUACAGACAUAUUCUGUUAUCCGCCGCUCCUUAAACAUGUUUUAUACUGUCAAACUAAAUUUCUUUACCUUAGAUUGUCACUGGAUCUUCAGUAAUCAGAAUCUUUGGACUGCAUACAAUCCAGUUGCUGUCACCAUCUGCGAGUCUCGCUGGUCAAGUCCCAAAUAUACACUGCAAAUCGGUUUAGGAUGGACAUUUGAUCCAAUCUUCAGUUUGCAUCUGCUCCAGUGACGUCCUGUAUCUCCUAGCUGCCCCCCUGGCAUUGGCAUCUGGCAAUAAUGAGGAAGUAAUGAGUCUCCUCUCCUUCUCAUUUGGUCAUUCAUCUACUGUUACUUCCCAUUGCCUCCAUUAGGACAGCGUCAAUGAGAACAAAAACAAUUAUGACUGGACAGAUAGUCUUAAAACCUGUACACCAUGUCAGCCAUUCACAACAAUGUUUCAUAAAAAGGCCUUUUAUUCACUUCAAACAUUUACAUUAAAAAUGACUUCCUGAAGCUAUUAAUUACACAUCAUGCCUUGCCUUAGACCAGUAGUUUCCUCGCUGCUGCUCCCAUACUCCCCUUUGGAAGCUGUUCAAUCACUGCUUCCUGUGUAAAUUGAUUGAAUUUCAUAAACCAGGACGAACAUAAGGUUAACUUACAAAAACAAAAGAAGCCAAUUACCUCAAUUUUAUUGAAGUAUAAUUAAAAACAAACUGCAUGUUUCUGAUUAGAUUCUGUCAUGCAAAUGAAAAGGCAAGUUAAACCCAAGUCUCUCCUUCUGUAUUAACAUAUAAAUUGUAUGGGACAACUUUUGAAGAAAGAAUUCCAUUAUCUCAAUUUAAUAUCUUGUUAUCUUGAUAUAACAGUUUUUUGUGAUCAAAUUUCUAUUAUUAUUAUUAUUAUUUUUAUAUAUAUUUAGAAAUUAUAAACAGUGACAAACAUUUACAAACAAUACACUGAGACAAGCAACGCAUCCCAUCCCAAACAAAGAGAGGAAAGACGAGAGGGAAGGAGACAAAACAACAACAUGCAGAAACAGACACAUACACAGACAGACACAAGACAAGGGACACAAAAACCUGUAGCACAAGGCUGCAGCCCGUUAUCUUUAUAUAAAAGUUGUGUUUGCUUGAGAUAAGGAGAUAAUUAACCCGCCAUUAAAAAUCCUGAGAUAACAAGAUAAUUAACUGGGACUAUAACUGUAUUUGCUGGAUGGGAUCAUGAUAACAGGAUUUAAACAGUAGUUACAACCACAGCCAGUCUUGGCUUCAGUAUCUGUAAAAACUGGCCAUUUAAAUUUGACAUGCAUUUACUAAGAGAUACUAUUAAACAAGUUCCUUCUCCAAUUGAACUGGAGAGUUUAAAGCCAAUAAAAGGAUAAAAAUACACACAGGACUUAAACAUACCACAAAGUAAACUCUUUCCACUUUGGCUAAAAUGGCUCUGAAGGCAGUAAACCUGUUGUCAGUCAUAAAUGCUUCGUUUCAGAAUACACACCCGUCCUCUUCUCUGCUCGACUUCUCACGUCAGCAUCCCUCAAGGUUUAGGAGUAUUUUUGUUAGUCAGAGUUUCCCGGACAUCUUGUUUAUUAAACACUGUGUGGUGUUGAACACAUCUGCAAACACACACGAUGGAGGUACUGUUGCUUUUGCUAAGCUGCAGGUUUUGCGUCCCUCUAUGCAGGAUGUUUCUUGUCACACCAUAAACAUACACACACACACACACACACACACACACACACACACACACACAUACACACACAUGGUCUUGCAUUUAAAUGGUGAGUUGGGCAUGUCCUCGCAUGCCAAGUAUAAUACAGCAUUACUUACUAAUCAAAUUUAGUUUUUAGGAGAAAAGUAGACAAACUUUACUCAGUAAUUAUUUUCAAUGUUCAAACUCUUUCAGCAAAUAAGGGCAUCACAACAUAUGGAACGCUGUGUAUUUGUUGUGACAUGUGUCUGUCCAUCAGUUGAAAAGUUAGGACUUUAUAUUUUUCUAAAUAUAUCUAUGAGAGGAAUUAUGUGUAUUUGAAUAAUGUAUAUGAAUAUUUCAUUGUAUACUGCGUUGGUGGGAGAGAGUGCUGUGACUUUGUAUUGUUAUGAGCAUGUUUGCACAGCCUACCACAACUUGUACCUUUGCAGACCUGGUGAAAAUGAAUCAUGACCAUCAAUAAAAU